AUGGAGAAACGAGAAGAUAACCGAGAGGCUAGGGAACUAUGCGGAAGCUUGAUGUUUCCCAUCUUGUCGUGUAAUCUGUCCGGAGCAAGCCACGGGGGAUACCUGCAUGACUCGGAGGAUGGUUCCGCGUUGACAGUCAGUCAAAAGUACCCGAGGCAGAAGGACGCAGAUCCUGAAUCUCGCAAACGAACAAAGGCGAGUGUAGCCGUGAUGAUGACGGCUGCAGAUUCCCUGACUGCGGCGGCGGGUGUCCGUUCCACGCAAUCUCACGGAUCGCCAAACCGCCCGCGGAAAAUAGAGGCAAAUGCAGCCCAUCUCCGCCAGAUACCCAUUUACACCAAGUCAAGUGCAGACCGAGACACUUCGGGCCUGAACAAUCUGCAAGUUGGACCAAGGAGCGCCAUGAAACGGCAGUCUAUGCCCAUUGUGCCAGAAAGCAAGGUCCACGAUGUCCUCGAGGCCGUUCCAAAGAUCGAGAUCCACCAUGUUGAGCACCACUGA